GAGGAGCCAUCGCGAUGCUACGGCACAAGUGGCCGCGCGGCUGCAGAAAUUGCAGCGAAGUCUUUUUGACGAAGACGCAGGCAAAGUCACUUUCGAAGCGGCUGUGGCCAUGAUCCUAGAGUUGCCAGAGCGUCUCAAAUCCGUAGAGGACAGCACCCAGACCCUGCUGAUCCAAGUGAACAAGAACAGGGACGACCAGCUGAAACGAGCCUCGACGCGAGUCAAUAUCCCAGCUGUAAAGGCGGCCCAAGAGUUUGAAAUCCAUGACAAACCAGUGGAACAGGCGGUGAAGGAAUGCCGAGAAGCCGUGAAUGUGAUGUUGGAGAUGCAAAGGACAUUUACCGAUGGACAAGAAGAAUUGUUGCGCACCAGGCUCCUCCGUUUCGAAGAGGAAUUCCACAAAGCGGGCAUUGCCAACGCCGACGAGAUUGCGUUUCGAUAUAGCACGCAAUCUCGUGAACUGGAGGGGAUCUAUGCACGGCUCGAGGGCGUGGAACAUGGUAUUCAACGUGGGGAGGAAUCCUUUGAACAGCUCUCCAAAUGGAAGGAGAAGCACAGCUUUUCGAUCUUCGAUUUGGAGCGGCGCACGUCGGAGGACGGCUCGGCAGAGAGUCAAUUGAAGCUGCUCAUGGCCGACGUCGAGGUACCUGAAGCCAAGCUGCUGAGAGUAGCACUCUGUUUGAGGUCUUAG